CUGAGAGGCUGCAGCACCGGCACCCUCAUCCUCGUCCGCCGCUCGCCGGGCGCGGAGGGGACGUGCCGGGGCGAGCGCCUCUGGGCAACUGCUUCCGAGGCGGGAGGACCACAGCGGCGUCGCGGCUUCUGUGCAGCGGGCGCUCGGGGGCCGGGGUUGCCCGGCCCGGCCGGUUCUGCGGGCGCCCGGGAGGCCCCCGGGGAGCCCGCGAAGCCAGGCCGCUGCGAGGCGUGGAUGAAGGAGGAUGACAGUGAAGUUGGGAGACGGCGGCGGCGGGGAGGACGGGCUCAAGCGGCUGGGCAAGCGGGCGGCCGACGACGACUCGCUGGAGGGCGAGGGGCCCGGCGGCGGGGACGCGGCCGACGAGAGCGGCGGCACAAAGAGGGACACCAGGACCCCCCGGGACGGCGACGACGGCCCCCCGGCGCCCGCGGACGGCCCGCAGGCCCCGUCCCCGCCGCCCGCCUGCCCGCAGGACCAGCACCACUUCCUCCGGUCCAGUGUGAGGCCGCAGAGCAAGAGGCUCAGGAAGGACUCGUCGUGCGCCGGGGGGAGCGGCAGCGCGGGCGGCUCGGGGCCGCGCGGCAAAGGCGCGGACGGUGGUGGAUCAUCAUCUGGAAAUGGAUCCGGGGCUCCUCCCACCGCUCCGGCGACGGGUUCUCGCUCCUCUUCCCGGAACCUGGGGUCGUCCAGUGGUGAGAAGGAAGAAGGCAAGAAGGCCCGGCGGCAGUGGGAGUCCUGGAGCACGGAGGACAAGAACACUUUCUUCGAGGGGCUGUAUGAGCAUGGGAAAGACUUUGAAGCCAUUCAGAACAACAUCGCCCUCAAGUAUAAGAAGAAAGGCAAGCCCGCGAGCAUGGUGAAGAACAAAGAACAGGUCCGGCAUUUCUACUACCGCACGUGGCACAAGAUCACCAAGUACAUUGACUUUGAUAACGUGUUCUCCCGUGGGCUGAAGAAGUCAUCCCAGGAGCUGUACGGUCUGAUCUGCUACGGCGAGCUGCGGAAGAAGGUCGGAGGCUGUAUGGAUGACAAGAACGCCACGAAGUUGAAUGAGCUCAUUCAGGCCGGGGCCACCACCGUGCGCUACAAAGGGAGGAACCUGCGGAUCAAGGCACCUAUGUGCCGCGCGCUGAAGAAGCUCUGCGACCCGGAUGGCUUGAGCGACGAAGAGGACCAGAAGCCCGUGCGCCUGCCGCUGAAGGUCCCCGUCGAGCUGCAGCCAAGGAACAACCACGCCUGGGCCCGCGUGCAGAGCCUGGCCCAGAACCCAAGGCUCAGGAUGAUUGUGGAGCUCCACCGGAAGGUCUCCAGCCUCAUCGAGUUCUUGAAACAGAAGUGGGCGCUCCACGAAGUGCGGAUUCGGAAGACACUCGAGGACCGGCAGCUGCAGCACUCGCUUACGGAGCCAUCGCAGGAGAAGGUGGCGCUGCACCUGUUCCCAGGGGAGAGUUGCACGCUGACGCCGCUGCCGGGUGUGGCCCGCGUCGUGCACUCCAAAGCCUUCUGCACCGUGCACUGGCAGGAGGGCGGCCGGUGCAAGCAGAGCUCCAAGGAUGCCCACACGUUGCCUCCCGCCCAGAUCCUGGGCAUUCAGAGUGGGCAGGGCACGGCCAGGGGCCAGGUGAAGUGUCCACGGGGCGUUGCUGAGGGCAAGGGCCUGGGACGUCCUCCUCCUUCCACCGACGCCUCCCAGAGCUCUGGAGAGAGCUCCCCUGAAAGUGCCCCUGGGGAGGGGCCCCCCCCAAGCCUCAGCAGCCUAGACACUCCUGACAGGCUGCCCCCUGGGCUUCAGGAUGCAGGGACACGGCUUGAGAAGACCCCCACGGCUGCUCCUGCAGAGGGCAGGGAUGGCCCUGCCCGAGAGCCCGGGGAUGGGACAUGUGCCUGUGGCCAGCUGCCGGAGCUAGAGGAGGAACUCUCACUCCUUGACCCCUUCCCGCGCUACAUGAAGUCUUGUCAGGACCUCAUCAUCCCCGAGCAGUGCCGCUGUGCGGACCUGCGGCCCUCUGGGUGUGCCUCCCCAGAGACUCGCGUCCCCAGCGGGGCAGAGGUGGCUGGCCUCGCCCGGGCUGGGCCACCGUCCCCUGUCCAUGCCCCGCCAGCUCCAGAGCCUCAGCCCGGCCCCGGGCUCCAGCCAGAUGUUUGCACUAAAGACUCAGCAGAUGCACCUGCAGAGGAGCCCCAGGAGAAGGCCAGCCCCUCGGACCCCCCGCCUCAGGGACAGCCUGCUGCCAAGCCUCCGAAGGACGUCCCCGCCAGCCGGCUGGCCCAGCAGCUCCGUGAGGAGGGCUGGAACCUUCAGACCUCUGAAAGCCUUACGCUGGCCGAAGUCUACCUCAUGAUGGGCAAGCCGAACAAGCUGCAGCUCGAGUACGACUGGCUGGCUGUGCUGGGCCCCGAGGGCCAGGCCCCCGGCGCGCAGGCCCAGGGCUCCCGCACCGGCUCCCCGCCCUCCACCUUCCAUAAGCAGCGUCUCCUCGGCUGCCUCCUGAAGCUUAUCUCUACUGAGGUCAACCCCAGGCUGGCUCCAGAAGGCAACGCUGGCUCCACGGCUUCAGUGAGGCCAGCCCAGGAGGAGCAGUCAGUGACCCCCCCGGGGAAGGUGGUGACCGUCAGCUCCCGGAGCCCCCGCUGCCCACGCAGCCAGUCCGCCCUCCGCAGCAGCAAGACCUUCUCGCCUGGCUCCACGCCUUGCUCCUCAGGUCUGAGGAACCCGCCGAGACCCCUCCUGGUGGCGGGCCCCUCCAGCACAGGCAGCGGUGACUCAGACGGUGGCCUUUUUGCUGUCCCGACUACUCUCCCGCCCAACAGUCGUCACGGGAAACUCUAUUCUCCCAGUAAAGAAACAGAGCUGACUUUCCGGCAGCACCUGAACUCCAUCAGCAUGCAGUCGGACUUCUUCCUGCCGAAGCCCAGGAAGCUGCGGAACCGGCACCUGCGGAAGCCGCUGGUGGUCCAGAGAACGCUGCUUCCUCGGCCAUCUGAGCACCAGUCCCACAACGUCUGUUCCUUCUCUAUCCUGUCCAAUUCCUCCGUGACCGGGAGAGGCUCAUUCCGGCCCAUCCAGUCUUCCCUGACCAAAGCCACCCUGUCUCGGCCGAUUGUGCCCAAGGCCCUUCCACCCCAGGCCACGGGCCACCUGGCCAGUGCUGUUGACUUGGCCGCUAAAAGUGCCGGCAUCAUCCCCGGGAGCCCCCUCCCCGUCUUGGACACUGAGGGCCUGUCUGGUAUCUCUCCACUGUCUUCGGACGAGGCGACCUCCCGUGUCACUGGUCAAGACCCCGCCAGCGGCCAGCAGAAUGGCGAUUCCAUCCCCACCGUGGGGGGCACGAGUGACCCGUUCAUCAGCGUCCCCUCGAGGCCUGAGCAGGAGCCAGUGGCCGACAGUUUCCAGGGCUCACCCGUGCUCUCCCUAUCCGAGCUGUCCAAGGCUCCUCUCCACAACGGGCCCCCCGCACCCCUACCCGUGCCGGAGGGCUCCAGCAGCCGCCUGUCUCCACCCAACGUCUCUGCGCUACUGGACAUCUCCCUGCCCGGGCCGCCUGAGGAUGUGCUCUCGCAGGGCGAGCCCGCCACGCACAUCAGCGACUCCAUCAUCGAGAUAGCCAUCAGCUCCGGCCAGUACGGGGAGGGAGUCCCUCUUUCUCCGGCAAAACUGAAUGGCAGCGACAGCUCCAAGAGUCUUCCCUCCCCAUCCAGCAGCCCCCAGCCCGACUGGAUCGCCUCCCCGACCCACGACCCCCAGUGGUGCCCCAGCGACCCCACGGACUCGUCGCUCAGCAGCUUGUUUGCAAGCUUCAUCUCUCCAGAGAAGAGCCGGAAGAUGCUGCCACCCCCGUCGGGGACCCACAGCAGCACCUCCCUGCUGGGCCCCAGCUUGCUGGAUGGCAACUCAAGAGACUCGUUUGUGUCCCGGUCCCUGGCUGAUGUCGCUGAGGUUGUGGACUCCCAGCUGGUGUGCAUGAUGAAUGAAAACAGCAUCGAUUACAUAUCUCGAUUCAACGAUUUGGCCCAAGAACUGUCCAUUGCCGAGCCCAGCCGCCGAGAGGCUCUGUUUGAUGGCAGCGGAGGCGGCCCCCCUGUCAGUGACCUGUCCCAGUGACCACACCUCAUCCCUGGUGGGGCAUCCUGGAGGCUUCAGAGGAGGGCUGGUAGUCCUCCACGGUGGUAGGAGCAGCUCUCUACAGGCUAGAGAAAACAAAUCAAGCCCAGGAGCCCCCUGGAGAUGAUCUGAACAGAGGAACCUCUGUGCCCCAGAAUGUGCAGCAGGCAGGAAACCGCGUCCCAAAGGGCAGAGGGGUGUGGUGGCCUGGGAGACCUGAACGGGUUCUCUAGGAGGGCCCGUGUCAGACGCUGCUGUGGUGUUGGAGCGGCUCCCUGCCGGCCGUGGGACAGCGCGUGGGGGCCACAUACCCGCCCGUGCUUCUGCCUCACUUGUCGUGUUGGACGUUGCAGUGGCUUGUCCUCCCCAGGGAAAGGUGUGGGUGUGCGGCGGUGGCCAUGGCCUCUGGGACUCACAGCCUUGCUGCUCUUUGCAGAGGACGGGGAAGGGCAGCUGGGCAUGGCCAGGCUCUGCCUGGUGGGGUUUGCGCCCUCAGCAGACACUUGGGAGGAUGCCCGGAUUGCAGGGCAGCGCACCUGGCGCCCAUCCCCCAGAAACACUGGCCCUUGCCGAGUGCGCUCCCCCCCCACCCCAGAGCUUUGUUCUGACUGGCUCAACGGGAAGGAGGAGGGAAUCUGGUUUUGUGCAGCUUGCGUGGACUUUUAGGAAAAAAUCCUGCUAAAGUGGUUGGAAAAAGGUUUUCCUUGUGUUUUGAGAAUAAGGAGACGUUGAAGAAGAAAUGAAUUCAGGGUUUCCUUCCUGUGUUCGAGCUUCUUGGUCAACGAAGCUGUCCUUUGCUGGGUCCGCAGCGGAGCUUUGGCCCACAAGUUCCCAAACCUCCCAGGCGCUGCUGGCUUGCCACUUACAAGCGCGCCCUUUCUGGGAAGGUCUCCGCAUCUCCAGCGCCUCCUCUUCCUUCUGCAGGCUUCCGUGCAGAGUCCACCCCAUGCACACAUUUCCUCCUUCGUGUUUCCUCCACCCUGUGGUCCUGUGUCUCUCUUCUUCCAGCGCAGGGAGCGCAAGCAGGGCGCAGACGCCUGGGUGCAGUCAGAGCACACGAAAGCCAUGUCCCUCUCGUGUGUUCGGGCCUCCUUUGGGUGACCAUUUGCCAUCACUGCCGGCGGGUCACUGUCCAGAGUUUUCCCAGGAUGGAGCUGAUGGGGUUGCUCUGUUGCUUGGCCUGGGGGGAGGCUUGACAGAACCCCAUCCGGCUCCCCAUCCGUUGUGGCCAGCAGCCAGUGCUGUGGUGUGGGUCCAAAAGCGCCCUGUGCACCACCGUCCUCCUGCAGCUUCAUCCUCCGCUUGCUGUCCGGACCGCUUCGGCUUUCGAAACCCACCUGAACUGAGGACAGUUUCUCUCUCCUCCUGCCUGCCUGCCUGCCGUGGAACGGCGCAGUCCCACCCCAGGCCAGUCCCAGCCCUCCCCCCGGGCUCCUCUCCCUCUCCGUAAUGGAGAGAUGAGGCAGCGUGUAAGGGAACAGAAAAGGUCUCUGUGUGUGUGCAAGCAGGACGGAUGCUCCUGGCGGCACGGUCUCCACAGCCGGCUGCAGCACGCCAAGCGGCGGGCAGUGCCAUUCACCCCAGCCAUGGAGGAAAGAGAGGCCAAUUGGCCUUCCAGCUAGUAUGUUCCUUCCUUCCUUCUCAAGUUUUUCUCAGAGCUCUUGCCUGUCACGUGGUUUUCUUCUUUCAGGUCUGGUUCUAGGUACAAACAUCACUAAUAAAAGCCACUGUGGGCUGGGCUUUUAGAGAAAGUCCUGAGGCUCUGGAGAUGGAGAAGAGAGGGACGUGCCCUUUUAGGAAGACAUAGCAUCAUUUGAACCAGUGUCCUUGGACUAGCUUGUGUGGCUUAGCUGUCCAUCUGCUAGCUUCCAGAAACGAGCGCCAGCUGGAGGGGAUGACAGCUGUGGAGCGCGCUGGGCCGCUGACUCUGUUAGGUUUGUAGUAGGUUAGGAUGCCAGGCCAAGUUUAGGCUGCCACUAACUUGCUCAUACUCCACUGUCGGGGACCAGACACCCACAGUAUCCUAAGGCAUCGAUGCUGGGAGCAGGACCUGAUGGCAGUGUGCACGUUGCCAGAGAUGGUAGGGGUCCUGAGCUGCUUUCAUCAGAGGACACCCCAAGGCAGUCUGGCAGGUAGGCUGGCCCCGGUGAUUCAGUGACAUGUAAAAGAAAGAAAACUAGGGAUUUGGGGUCAGCUUUUGUAGGCUUUUCAGUGGUACCUUCCACUAGGGCCUUAACCACAGACUCCAUCUGGAGUGUCACCUAGGGGCCAGGUGGAUUAGGGAGGACAGUGGGCUCAUUGUUCUCACCUGCAGCAAAGCUGACACGAUUCCAGAGAAUUCUGCCACUGCUGCGGCAACCUGACAGGUCUAAGCAUUUGCUUGCCAUGUUAAAAGGAAAGUAGAAUUAAAAGAACAAGUCUGUGUUUUCCCAGCCUAAAUGAAUACAUGUGUAUAAACAUAAGCAGCUGGUAAAGGCUGGAAUUUUCAAAAUACCCAAGCAGAGAAACUCCCCUCUUCCUGGAUCUUCCUCUGCCUGUCCCACGGAAGUGGUAGUCUUGGUGUGCACGUGUGGCUUCCUUCGUGCAUUUGAGCAUGCUGUGAGUAAGACCAGAUCUGUCCCUCGGAAAACUCCCUCCCUAGUCGCUCUAAUGUUUGGGACCUUUUGCUGAUUGAGGUUUUGUGAAGACAGAGACUUUAUCUCUGGUCUUCAUGGAGUUGGUGUUGUGGCCUGUGAUGAGCUUAGAAGACACAGCGGAAGUGUGAAGUAGAGGCUGGUGACCGGGAGCAUCUGUGAGGACGCAGCCCUCACCUGUCCUGUCUGCUAGGUGUAGAGUACUUGCUCAGGAGGGGUAUUUGGAAAGAGUUCAUCCACUGAUCUACUUGCUUCCCCACAUCUCCUGCUGCUUAGCUGCGGGAUCUCGAAAAGGGCGUCCUUCUCAGUGGAAUAGCCUCUCAACUAGAUCACAGCAUGGAAUCCAAACUCGUGCGGAGAAAAGUCACGGAAUAAGACACUGGAAGCAAGUAGAGGAGGAAAGUAGCAGUUGCUGGUUUUUUCAUUAUGUUUAAAGAGCUUGAGAUCUAUCACACGCAUUCGUGAGAAGAUAGGGCACUUUGUUUUAGAGGAGGAAGGAGCCCCCAGCGGAACCUGCCCCGGGACCGCGGCUAACUGGGAGCGCAGACGUGGAGCGUCGGAUCGCGGCAGCCAGCGGGACCGGUGUCCACCGCGAGGCAGCGGCGGCGCCCUCCGCGGUUCCCUGCAGCAAUCGUUAAGCCAUAUCACCGAGGUUUCGGCGCGCCGGAGACGUGAAUCUGUUGUACGGAUUAUAAAUAUGCAUAUACAGUGUAUGUACAAAGCAGAAUGCCUGUCCUUCCUGGUUAUUUUUUGUACCAUAUUGUAAAUUAUAUUAUUUAUUCUUUACCAAUUUUGGGAAUAAAAGGUGUUUUGGUUAUUUAAUAUAAUAAAAGCUGUUAAACUUCUUAUGUUUAAAUUUCCAGUUCAACUUGUAAAUCUGUUUUUAUUAUUGUGCAUAAAUACAUACUAAUACUUGAUCUAAUA